AUGACCUCCAAUCGCAAGCCGUCUCUGCAUUUUACUGCUGGUUGUUGGAUCAACGAUCCUUGUGCUCCCAGUUAUGAUCCGGCCACGGCAUCAUACCAUGUCUUUUAUCAAUGUAAUCCACAUGGUACUGAAUGGGGCUCGAUGUCUUGGGGUCAUCUCGCCAGCAAAGACCUCGUUUCCUGGACACCCUCCACCAAGCCUGCUUUGAUUCCCGACCAACCUUAUGAUCGUGCGGGAGUCUUUACAGGUUGCAUGGUACCACCCGCAAAUUUUGAGCAAGGCUCUUUGAAAGUUAUCUAUUCAUCAGUCCGCCAUCUGCCAUUUCACUGGAGCACACCUCCAUAUCCCCGUGACGCUGCUGGUCUAGCAAUCGCCGAAUCUAGGGAUAAUGGGGAAACAUGGAUGAAAUGCUCGGAAAAUCCCAUCUUGACAGGCGAACCCAAGGGACUUCAAGUAACUGGCUUUCGUGAUCCCUUUCUUGCAGAGUGGCAUGCUUUGGAUCAUCUUCGUGGACAAAAGUCCAUGUAUGCUCUUGUUUCAGGUGGAAUUGAAGCCUACGGACCGACAGCCUUUCUAUAUUCCGUGCCGCAUGAGAACUUAUCAGAAUGGCAAUAUUUGUGUCCCUUGGUCAACGUACCUGCUCGAUUCCAGCCCUCGCCCAAAUGGUCUGGAAAUUUCGGCGUCAACUGGGAAUGCGCAAAUUUCCUGACACUCGGAUCUCAAACCACCAGCCGCGUGUGUCUCAUCCUCGGAGCAGAGGGAGAUGUGGAACGUGAACACAUUCGAAAUUUUGAAUCUUCUGAACAUAUUCCUCCAAGGACUGUUCGUUCUCUAUUGUGGAUGUUUGGUGAUUUGAGGGUUGAGAACAACUCGGUCAGGGUUGACUACACCCAUGGCGGGUAUUUGGACUGCGGGUCAUUGUAUGCAGCCAACUCAUUCUUUGAUCCCGUGUCUAAGAGAUAUAUAAUGCACGCAUGGAUUCCCGAAGAGGACAUUACACCGAGUUACGCCAAACGCAAAGGAUGGAAUGGUGCAUUGGCCAUUCCUCGCGAACUCUUCCUCCUUUCUAUACCAAAUGUUACACGAGCUCUUCGCAGUCCUUUGUCGGAAAUAGCGUCUGUUGAACAAGUUCCAAACAGAGACGCUUCACUUACUCUCUACACUCUCGGAACACGGCCUGUUGAAGAGAUAGUUAGACUCCGCAAACACUGUGGUCGUGUUUGCCAACGAAAACAGAUCUCACUCCCAUCUCCGACAGCCGGACCACCGCAUGCACUGUGCUCAACAUUUUUCGCAACCUGGGAGCUCGAGGCAGAAAUUACUAUCGACCCAAGUUGCUGCAUUGAAGUAGGAUUUCAUAUUCGCCACAAUAGUGACAUGUCUAUAUGCACUACUGUCACUUUCUCUCUUCAGAAAGAGAUGAUCAGUGUCAACAAGGGAAGAUCAACAUCUGAUCCAAACGUGCGCAAUUGCCCAGAACAAGGUCCCUUUACACUCUUUUAUAUGCUUGAUAGUAUGGGUGUCGAGCCCACAGAGAAAUUGGAGAACUUGCGUAUUCGCAUAGUCUCUGAUGCGGAUGUGUUGGAGGUCUUUGCAAAUGAUCGUUUUGCCUUGGCUACGAUGGUCUAUUCUCCGGAGGAUUGUAGACCUGCUAGCAUAUCAGCAUUUACCAAGGGGGGAUGGAGAGUGCUGUGA